UGCCCACUGCACAACCUCUUCCAUCUCUGUUUGCUUAAAGUGUACAAAGAUACAAAAAAAAAAAGGCUAAUAAAGUAAGUUUGAACAGCUAAAAUCUUUUUAACAUUUACUAAUGAUCUGGAGUACAAUAAAAGUAAAGUGGCGGAUAAAUCGGCAGAUGACUGCGCGUCACUUUAUGUAGAAGUGCUGCGAGCCCAGUGGCUUCCUGGCUGGAUCACCAGGUUCAUUGUGGGACAUUGUGUUACCCCAGCAAACAGCCAUGGAGCACAGGCGAACAGACAGUUAACUACCAGCUUACAUCUCUACUGGGCUGGCUGUGGUACAGGUACAGGUACAGGUGCCAUGGUGAUGCUGAAUCACUUGAGGCUAGAGGAUCCAGAUGAUGGCUCCCCACUGCUGCCUGAGGCUGUGGAGGCUGUAAUACCAACACCUGUCUUUCACAGGCAGCGAGUGGUCACAAAGACUGACUCCAGGGAACUUUUCCUCAGCAGGAGGGAGAACCUUGCCUUGAGUCUGGUGCUGCUGAUCGGAUGCUACUCAGCCAUUCUGAUUCCGGCAUAUAUCCCUUGGGAUCAGGGGGCAACAGUCAGCAAUGACCACCAACAUCCCAAAGAUCUGGUCUUACUAAAUCAGUCAGGCACCCUGCUGUCAGGCCCCUGUCAGCCUCGCUGGUGUCUGAACCACCUCAAGCCCCUGCCCCGUUCCGCAGGCCUCCUAGACAUCCCUGUGUUUGUGCAGCAGGACAGGCCUGUGCCCUUGGAUCUGUCCCCUCCUCUGGGGCUCCAGGGCAGUGAGGAGCACCUGGCCCUGGCUCUUGCCUCUCUGCCUGAGCCGGGGCUGCCUCCAUCACUGAGGAGAGAAGGCAGCUGCAGGCGAUGUAUGGUGGUGGGCAAUGGAGGGGUUCUUCAAGGGAGCCAUCUUGGAUCUCAUAUAGAUCAGUAUGACAUCAUUAUCAGGUUGAAUAAUGCUCCAGUGUCUGGCUUUGAGAGAGAUGCUGGUUCCCGCACCACCAUCCGCCUGAUUUACCCAGAGGGUGCACCUCGCUCUGCAAACGAGUACAAAAAGACCACCAUAGUUGCUCUGGUGGUCUUUAAGAGCCUGGACCUGGACUGGCUCAAUUCUGUCAUCACAAAACAGCCUCUGAGCUUCUGGUCCAAAAUGUGGUUCUGGAGGGAGGUGGUGGAUGAUAUUCCUCUAAGACCAGAGAACUUCAGGAUCCUCCACCCAGAGAUUAUUCACAAGACCGGACAAGUCUUACAGAAAUAUGCUCUGAAACAGGGAAAUAUGGUGCCAACACUAGGUGCCAGCGCUGUGGUGAUGGCUUUGCAGCUGUGUGACCAGGUGAGCCUGGCAGGGUUUGGGUACGACCUGCAGCACCCAGAGGCCAGGCUUCACUACUAUGAGACCAUACGCAUGGAUGCAAUGAAGGCUCAAGUGGUGCAUGAUGUCAAUGCUGAGAAGCUCUUCUUGAGGGACCUGGUGGCUGCAGGAGCUGUGACCGACCUCACAGGAGCUCUGAAGUCCUUCCAGUCCAUCAGUUUCUCUCUGGGAGAGACAGAGAGGGGGACAGAAAGACAGAGACAAAGAAAAGGACGGGGAGAGAAAGAAGAUAAAGACAUGAAAAAUAAGGGAUGCCAUUGUGGACUGUCUUGCAGGUGUGUGCGUGCGUACUAAAAGCUGAUUCAGAAACUUCUAAACUGAUUUAGUAUUGAAAAUGUAGCAAAUAAGUUCA